GUGCAGCACGAUUCAGUUGCCAAACGUUGGUGAAACCGAAAAGUAAUACUUGCUUUAAUUAAUUAAAAAAAAAACUCUCGCAAUGAGUUUAUGUUUGUUAGUGGUUAUUGCCAUUGGCAGCCUUAUCUAUUGGCUGUACGCAAUGAACAAGGACUAUUAUGUGCUCUCGUUCUUUGCGCCUCGUGUUAGGACCAAGGAUGGUCGUCCUUUGGACGCCAUUGCUCCAGUAGCCAAAGGCAAAACAGUCUUUGGCAAUUGCUUUGAUAUGUAUGGCCUAAAGGAAUCUGAUGUGUUUCAGCAUUCACGUAAACGCGCGAGAGAUUUAAAAUCUAGUUACAUUGAAUAUGGACUAGGCGUGCCUCUUUACAACAUAAUCGAUGCGGAGAAUGCAGAGCUAAUAUUGAACGACCAAAGUCUUAUAACAAAGAGUAUUGUGUAUGAGUUCCUACAUCCAGCCUUGCAAACUGGACUUCUGACAUCCACAGAUAAGAAGUGGCACAGUCGCCGCAAGAUGUUAACGCCCACAUUCCACUUUAACAUUUUGGGACAAUUCGAAGAGAUAUUCAAAGCUGAAAGCCAAAAGUUUAUCAAACAGUUUAAUGGUAAAACAGAGACUGAUAUCUCUCUCAGCGAGCUGAUUCCCCGAUUCACUCUUAACAGUGUUUGUGAAACUGCUAUGGGGGUUAAACUUGAUGAUAUGGCCGAACAGGGAGAUCUUUAUCGCAAAAACUUUGGUUUGAUCGAAAAGUACUUCAUGGAGCGUCUGGGCAAUCCAUUCUUUUGGAACCAAACAAUUUAUGAGCUAUUUGGCGCAAAGAAAGAGGCACCGGCCCUAAAGGUGGUUCACGAUUUCUCUAGUGAAAUUAUUGCCAAGCGUCGCAUACUACUUAAGGAGGAUCUUGAACAACGCAAAAAUACUCAGGCGGAUGCAGAUGAUAUUUACAUUAACAAGAAGCAACGUUAUGCCAUGCUGGAUACACUGAUAUUUGCUGAGAAAGAUGGUCUCAUUGAUCAUAAUGGAAUCUGCGAGGAAGUGGACACUUUGAUGUUCGAGGGAUACGAUACCACCUCAAUGGGUCUCAUAUUUGGGUUGAUGAAUAUGUCGCUUUAUGCUGAUAAGCAGGAACUUUGUUACCAAGAAAUCAACGAAUUCAUCGAUGAUGACUUCAGCAAUUUGGAUGUCAAUCAAAUAGCUAAACUGAAGUACUUGGAUUGCUUUGUCAAGGAAACAAUGCGCAUGUUCCCCUCGGUGCCAAUUAUGGGCCGGAAAGCAGUGCGGGAGACGGCUUUGGCCAAUGGUCUGAUACUUCCUGCCGGAACCCAGAUCACAAUUCACGUGUAUGACAUUCAUCACAAUGCAAAGUAUUGGGACUCUCCAUAUGAGUUCCGGCCUGAGCGUUUUCUGCCCGAGAACACCAAGGAUCGUCAUAUAUACUCCUAUAUUCCCUUCAGUGCUGGUCAGCGUAAUUGCAUAGGUCAAAAGUAUGCCCAGCUGGAAAUGAAGACCCUGCUCAUUGCCAUGGUGAAAACAUUUAAAAUUCUACCUCUAGUCGAUCCCAAAGAUUUUGUCUUUAAUACUGGCAUCACUCUGCGUACAAAUAACAAUGUUAAAGUUAAGCUUGUGAGACCAAAAUUCGCUCAUUGCAGGUCGUCGAUGAGAAUUUGUAACGACAGGUUCUCCGUAUUAUUAUUUUUGUUUUGUCAAAUGGCUUUGUGUUUAUUGGUGCUUAUUGCAGCCGGUAGCCUUAUCUAUUGGCUGUAUCAAAUUAACAAGACCUGUUAUGUACUUGCAUUUUUCUGUCCACGUGUUAAGACCAAAGAUGGUCGCCCCGAAUACACAAUUGCACCUGUGGCCAAGGGGAAGACGAUUUUUGGUAAUAGCUUUGAUUUGUAUGGCCUAACAAACCAGGAGGUGUUUCAGCACUCACGCAUUCGAGCCAAAACAUUGAAAGCUAGCUAUAUAGAAUAUGGCUCCGGUGGAGCCAUUUAUAAUAUAAUUGACGCGGAGAAUGCCGAGUUGAUAUUGAACGAUCCAAAUGUGGUAACCAAAAGUGUGAUGUACGAUUUUCUACAUCCAGCACUACACACUGGACUCUUAACAUCGACAGGCAAAAAAUGGCACUCUCGAAGGAAGCUCUUAACUCCCACAUUUCAUUUCAAUAUUUUGGGGCAAUUUGAAGAGAUUUUCAAAGCUGAAAGUUUGAAAUUUGUUAAACAAUUUCAUCAGGCGUCUGAUAUCUCAAUUUCUGUGAGUGAGCUGAUACCCAGAUUGACUUUAAAUAUUAUUUGCGAGACUGCCAUGGCGGUUAAGCUCGAUGAUAUGGCCGAGAAGGGUGAUCUUUAUCGUCAGAGCUUUGCAAUGAUCGAAAAAGCUUUUAUAAAGCGUUUAAGCAAUCCUUUUUACUGGUAUACAAAAGUUUAUGAACUUUUUGGAAACAAGGAAGAUGCACUUGCUCUAAAAGUCGUUCACAACUUCUCCAACGAAAUUAUUGCCAAGCGUCGCAUACUUCUCGAAGAAGAACUUGUACGUCGCAAGAGCUCACAAGAUCCGGAUGAUGACAUCUAUAUCAACAAGAAGCAACGCUUCGCCAUGUUGGACACAUUGAUAUUUGCUGAGAAAGAUGGUCUCAUUGAUCAUCAGGGAAUUUGCGAAGAAGUGGAUACGCUCAUUUUCGCUGGCUUCGAUACAACUUCAACGGGUCUCAUAUUUGCAUUGAUGAAUAUGUCUCUCUAUGCCGAUAAACAGAAACUUUGCUACCAAGAAGUCAACGAGUAUAUUGAUGAUGACUUCAACAACCUGGAUGUCAAUCAAAUUGGUAAACUCACGUACUUGGAUUGCUUUUUAAAGGAAUCAUUACGCAUGUUCCCAGCAGUUCCUUUAACGGGUCGUCAAGCAGUACGAGAAACGGAACUAGUCAAUGGUCUGAUUCUUCCAGCUGGCACUCAGAUUAUUCUGCAUAUUUUUGACAUUCAUCGUAAUACCAAGUAUUGGGAUUCGCCAGAUGAGUUCCAGCCUGAACGAUUCCUGCCGGAAAACUGUAAAGAUCGUCACACUUAUGCCUAUAUUCCAUUCAGUGCCGGACAGAGGAAUUGCAUGGGUCAAAAGUUUGCAAACCUGGAAAUGAAGACCCUGCUCAUUGUUGUUUUGAAAAAAUACAAAAUUCUACCACUCGUUGAUCCCAAAGAUUUUGUUUUCAAUACUGGGUUAACGCUGCGAACCAACAAUAAUAUUAAAGUAAAGCUUGUGAAGCGUUAAUAGCCUAAAAUCUAUAUAACAUCGUA